UACUGUAUAAGAUCAUCUACAUCACUCAGGUAGGUACAUAUAUACUGUAUAAGAUCAUCUACAUCACUCAGGUAGGUACAUAUAUACUGUAUAAGAUCAUCUACAUCACUCAGGUAGGUACAUAUAUACUGUAUAAGAUCAUCUACAUCACUCAGCUCCCUCCCACGCUGUGUCACAAUCCCCGGCGGAGAAUCAUAGAGCGGUUCAAGAGAGCCAUGUUUGCUCCACAGAGCACAUCCUUCAACCUGAAAAGUGAACUAAAGAAGCUCCUGAUAGGCUCCCAGGAGGUGAUAGACUUGAACUUUGGCCCAAGUGACAUGAGCAUGCUCAGUAAGCAAGCCAGCCUAGAGCAAGAUGCUGUGACCACUAAUACAGAGAAACCAGCUAUCACACACACCUUGGAGCACCAUGAUAGCGAGGGAAUAACAUAUGAAAAACUGCAUACCAUCAUAGAGAGUGUUCUGGUGGAGAGUGGAUAUUAUGACAUGUCUCCUAAUGCACAUCAGAGGAGAAUGCCUCUUGGUCCUAUAGGGGGCAGUGAUAGCUUUAGGAGGACACCUUCUAUCAUAGAAUGACAAGGAGAGAGUUUCUAGGCUGUGUGCUGGUACACUGUAGCUGCCACUAGGUUCAAGGAGAGUUAGUCAGGACAUCUGCAUCAGUAGGAAUGAGAAGAAAUUAAUUCUGGGGAAUAUUUGGACAAAGACUUUGAAAUGUUUAGAUAUCCUGUCAAAAUGCAAACAUUAUUAAAUGUGAAAUUCUCUUAAUGGAGAGGAAAAAGUAAGGAAUUGUUCAAUCCAUGCAAGCUUUGCAGGAUAAAUUUUGCUCAAUGAAAAUCAUAUAUUUUUUUAUGCAGAAAGUUUCUCUCUUUCACACACACACACACACACACACACACACACACACACACACGUGCGCAUACACACUUUCCCUCACUCUCUCAAUGCAGGUUACAACAAAAAACAGAAUCUUUCAAGGUUACUAC